AUGGCACGAUACGGAAAUGCUCCUAAUCAGUCAAUCUUGGUCAAGGGCUUGAAGAUGGCGUAUCGUUGGUUGGGACCGAACGUUGGGAUUCCGGUGAUUCAUCUCGUAUCAUUCAGGGCUACAAUGAGCCAGAUAGAUCCGGUUUCUAUGAAUAAGAUAGCCGAGAAGCGGCCAGUCAUUCUCUUUGACAACGCUGGUGUCGGCAGAUCCGAGGGACAAGUGCCUACAUCUUACGCAGGCUGGUCGGAUUAUUGCGCAGAACUCAUCGUACAACUCGGAUUUAAUCAAGUGGAUGUCUUGGCCUUUUCGAUGGGCGGAUGCGCGGCUCAGAUGCUGGCUUUGAAUUAUCCAGCUUUGGUUCGCCGUCUGAUCCUCAUUGGAUCCCUUCCAAGUAUUGGACCAGGAGUCAUACUCCCGCCGCCCGCACCCUUUCAGGGUAUCCGUAUGGCACAUGAUCAUGAGUCUCAGGAAGCUGCGCUGCUGGAAUUUUGUUUUCACUCUUCAGAUGCCAGUCAAGCAGCGGGGAGAGCGACGUUUCGGAGAAUGCUUGCGGCCAGAGAUGAUUGGUCCGAUUUGAUUGAUGCCGAUAGCACCCGACGUCAAGUACAGGCGUUUGCUAAGUUUAUGAAUCCAAAACACUCAUCAGAAGGCUCUUUCGGGCGUUUCGACGAACUGAGAAUUCCGGUUCUGAUAAUCAGGGGAUCUCACGACUAUGUCUUCGAAAGAAAGACAUGCCAAGCUAUGGCGAGACGAAUGUAUGAUGCUGCUGUCAGUGUUUACGAGUUUCCGGAUGCUGGUCAUGCUCCACACUGGCAAUAUCCAGAGGGGUUUGCCGAACUUGUGGACUCUUUCUUAUGUGCUCAGGACACAAUGGCGGUCCAAGAGCUACCAGAAAAUUGGGUGCGUUGGAUUCAUGGUUCGGACUUGAUCAGUAAAAUUUGA